GAGUUGCCCUUCCAACUUGAAAUCAUUAUGGCCAGUGAAUACAAGCAGAAUUGUAGACCACCAUGACAUGCUUCCAGACACGAAAAGAGCUGUCUCACAACAGGGUUUUUAUAAUGGUGAAUCCCUAUCUGCUACUGAAAAACAGUACUUGCCAAGUGGUAAUCUUGCAUCGCAGCAAAAAGCAGAAGAAUGUUACCGUGGGUUGACUGGCAUAGACCUUGAAGAGCAGUGUUUGUACUCUUCUAGGAAUGAUCAUGCCGAGCGUUACAACCUGCAGACUAAUGAGAACAUUAAGACAACACCUGUAUAUCAGAACUAUCCAUACACAAAGAACACCUUUGCACCCCCAGUUGCAUAUUCAAAAGUAAUCAAAGAUUCAGGAGCUGAUGCUUAUUACAGAAGGGAGAAGGUGUGUCCCAAAGGAGCAGAUGCGCAGUUGCACCAAAAGCAGGCAGAAAUGCUUCUUCCGCCGUCCCACAGAUAUAAUGAAAAUGCAGAUUAUAGUAGAUACACUGAAUAUUCUCAUGCAAGUAAAGCAAAGCCUAACAAGACCACCAAUUGUAGCCUUCAGGAAAAUAAUAAGUUACUAAAUGAAACCAUCAAGGCACCAUCCCUGGACACAGAACCCUAUACUAAAUUAUUUCAAGUUAAAUCAGGUACUCAGAAAAAAAUAGAAGAUACAAUUUCAGAUCAACAAAACUUUCAGUUUCCCAAGGCUGUAGGACUCCUAUCAGAAAAACAAGCCAAUGAAGCUUCAUUCUGUGUUGAUUUUGGGCAAAAAUUUGAAUAUGGGCUAAAACCACUUACAACUUGUCCAGGGAAUAGUGACUCUGCAAAUAGUAUCGCAAAGCGGCAGUUUUCAAAGUCUGAUCUUCAGAAUUCCGAAUACUGUAAAUCGGUUCCGUUAUUACCAAACUUGGCAAGCCCUUCAGCAGGUACUAACAUAAGGCCGGCCUGGAUGAACAUUCCAACUAAAACCGCUGCUUCUGUCCCACUUCAGAAUCCAAGUCAUUUGAAACUGAAUGAUUUACCUGCUUUUCCAAAAAGUUCCAGCCAUUCUAAUGACUUUUUUCAGUUAUCUUCAAAUAUCCCUUUAAAUACUAAUAUACUUCACAAGUACCAUCAAGAUAAUCCUUCAUUUUUUUCAAGUCUUGACUUUGGUUAUAACACUGCAGAACACGCUCGGUCUGCUGCUUGCAUGGAAGCACUAGUUAGGAGUGAGGAAGAGAAUCUCAUGGAGUAUUUAAGUGAAAAGAAACUGAAGCAGCCAAGUGGAUUUUGUGACAAUUACUCAGCUCAGCAGUUUGGGAUCAUUGAAAACAUGAACAAACACCAUUUCCAGUUGAAGCCACAGAGCGAGCAUUGUGAUCUGGAAGGACAAAAACGUGCAGAUGAGUUGUUGCAGAACAUGUUCCAAGAUCAAAUGGAGUCUCAGGGUCAGUUUAAUUUCAGGCGUGGAAGUGGAGGCAGUAACACUGUGAAACCUGUGACUUGCCUACCGGCUCCAGGCUUCUACAGCUAUGGUGUGCAUGGUGACUUCAGACGUAAUCACAGUCAGCAGCUUGGUUCCAGCGCAUUCCCCAUGAGAUCGGCUCACCUGCCUGGCCUUCCGGUUGUCCCUCUGAUGGAACCCCACAACCUGUUCUCUCAGAAUGAUUUAAAACGGUUCUACGCUUACUAUAAUGAUAAGAUGUAUGGUGACAGUUCUUCUCCUGGUUUUGUACCAGCAUUUGUAUUUCAAAGGCAAGCUAAAACUCGUGGAUGGCCUGCCAGCGAACUUCAUGAACACCUAGAAGAAUGUUGUGAACAGUGGAGAGCGCUGGAGAAAGAAAGAAAGAAG